UAGCAUUGGGAGAUUUUGGAUAAAACACCAAAUCAAAAUGAAUGGAUCUGACCUUGUAUAAUGUUAUGAUGAGAGGCAAUAUCGGAGAUGCCAAUUUUUUACUUGCUAAUCAUCUGUAAAGGGAUGAGGAAAAUGGCUACAAAGUCACUCCGAAGGGCAGCACGGUCCUCCACGUCGUAUCCCUCUUGGCCACUCCCAUUUCGCAGCAGAAGUCCUUAAGAUUACUCCAGCAAUGUUAUGCUGUCAAAACCAGAAAAAAUAAAAUCGCUCUACAUAUGGCAGCCAACGAAGGGCACACUGAAGUAGUACGUGUGCUAUAUGCAUGUGUCGAAGAUCAUAAUACUAUGGAGAAAAUCACGAGGAUGACGGAUGUUAGUGGAGAUACAGCGCUGCACAAGGCUGUGAGGAGCCAACAUCUAGAUGUGGUUAAGCUCUUGGUGAAAGAAGAUUCUGAAUUUGAAUUUCUUCCUAACCAUGUGCAGGAGAAGCCACUGUAUCUAGCGGCUGAAUCUGGUUUUCAUGAUGCUUUGAUUAACAUCUUAGAAUCCUACAAGAAACCAGCCUAUGCUGUAGGUCCAUCUAAUAGAACGCCGCUGCAUGCAGCAGUAAUUCAUGAACACAAAGAUUGCAUUAGAUCACUAUGGCGUUGGAAUAAGCCUUUAUGCGAGGAACCUAACGUAUGGGAUUGGAAUUACUGCACUAUGCUGUUAAAUUAGGAUUGGAAGACAUAGUUUCUGAUAUGCUGUGGUGGAAAAAAUCCUUAGUGUACCUUUUGGUAGGCAGUGAAAAUGAUUGGACGAUAGCAAUUCACAUUGCAGCCAGUAAAGGUGAUCUAAACAUAAUCAAUGAGCUAUUAAAUCACUGCCCUGAUUGUCGGGAUUUGCUUAACAGCAACAAUCAAAAUGCUCUACAUAUUGCCUUAUUGAACAAUCUAGAUGAGGUAAUCCACUUCUUAUUAAACUCUGAUAAGUGCGGCAGCCUUAUUGAUGAGCCAGAUAGUGACGGCAACACUCCUCUCCAUUUGCUUGCUGCCUCUGAUAACCAUACGCAUGAAUUAAUAAACCAUCCUAGAGCAAAGAAGGUGUCAUUUAAAAAACAAAACCAGACCCCACUUGAUAUAGCAUUAUUAUGCGCAGAGACAACAAAGAAGAGAAGCAGACACACAUAUAUUUUUCAAAUACUGGUUGCGCUUGAGUAUAUGGUGGUGAAAUAUUGUGAUGAAGGAUGCUAUUUCCAGGGAUUCUAACUGCGGGCAGUUUGGUUUUUUUUAGUCUUGAUAUUUUGCUGUCUCUGUAGACUUUUUUGUUGCUGUAAUCUGUAGAUUAUUUUGCUAUAAGGUCUAGAUCUUUAGAAGGUAGUUGUAGUGUGUGGUGCUGCAUUAUUUCAGCACAAUAUUAGGAGACAUGUUUCCAGUU